AUGGCCCCAGGUACUAGACGAGCUAAUCGUGCCGGUUAUGCGGAACACGACGACUUUGAGGGUCUUCCCGUGCGACAAUGGCGAGAAGAAUGGCUCCGAAUCGCGCCUCCACCCCCUCCCGAGACGACGAAAGCAAACGACAUCUGGGCCAUCGAGCUCCCCCACGGUCUUCCCAAAGACGCACACCUCCUACCGCCGCAUAGCCAAGAGUUGCUACGUGCCGCGCGAUCCGGACGUCUUUAUAAGCGACCGCUUCCCGCCGAGGAAGAAGAACCCGAGGCCGAUGGGAUCCCGGCCGAGAAGCUAGAGAAGAAGGAAGAGGACGAUCCGAGUACGACGGGAUUUACUGUCAAGUCAUGGAAGCCGUUACCGCGUAAUUUGGAGGGCCCGGAUAUCAGUCACCUCGCUAAGAGAAGGAAGGGAACCAUCACCAUUGCCUCGAAGACGGUUGUGGCCCCGGCCUCCGGAAACACUAUUACGAAAGCCACUGUUCGCAGGGUCGACGCGGCCGGGAACCCUUACACGCAAGAAGUUACUCUUGUCGAGGGCCAGAAGAUCGAGGGAGAGAUCAUCGCCACGAGCGUCGUCGCAGCCCCUGUUACGAUUAGCGGUGGGGAAGCGCCACAGCCACCUGCUCCUGCUCGGCGCCGGCCCCCGCCGCCGAAGAGGAAACCCAAAGGUCCCGGCCGUGGAAGGAAGAGGAAGUUACCGUUACCUCCGAGUACACGGUCCACUUCUGCAGCGACGGCGGCGACUGUUGGAACUUCUACCAACGGCGUUGCUGGGACGGGAGAGGCUAGUGUUAAGCAGGAGGGUGACGGAGAGGAUGCUGCAGCUAGGGACCACAAGACCAAUUCUGCAGCGCCUUCAGAUGAUGAGGAUGAGGGUGACGAAGGUGAGGAAGGAGACGAGGGUGAGGAGGGAGAAGAGAACGAGAACGACAGGGAUUCGGGAGUUGUCGAGUCUACGGAAAAGCAGGCCCAGGACCAUGAGAUGACCGACGCACCGACCAUCGCUAAAGAACCCAAACCUUCUGAGACGACUGAGAAACCGAGCGAGGUGCCAUCACCAGGGCCGGUGAAUCUAGUGCCUCCACCUCUACCCAUCCCUCCAUUGGGUUCCCCGAGGAUUGAGGGAAGCCCCCUGAAGAAUGUCAUGAUAAUGUCUCCUACAGAGCCCUCAUCCCGGUCUCCUGUAGAAGCUGCGCCGCCGAAGGCUCCCGAGACAGGGGCUUCGGCGCAGAUAGAUACUGUUAUGGCAGAUGAGGCACCACUGGCUUCCGCGCCCCCCGAGGUUCCCCCACAAUCGGGCGAGGCUGAAGAGGAGAUCACGGAGACUGAACCAAACGUCCCUCGCGAAGCAUCGCCUACCAAACCCCAGGAGGCGAUAGAGAGUGCUGAUACAGUCAUGAGUGACACGGCAGAUGUCGCUCAGGCUCCGGUGGAAGCCAGCGCUCCGGCCUCCGCUCCUUCCGCGAGCCCAGCGAAGGAAGCCUCGCCAGCCGUCAAGGCCGAAAAGUCAGCUUCGCCCACCGCCGCUGCCGUGGCAGAAGCCCCCGUUGAACCUGCGCCUGUGGAAGCUGAACCCGCGAGUUCGAAUGAGCCGACAGCGGAGGCACCCGCAGCCGAGCAGCCAAGAGAACCAGAGUCUGCAGCCAAAGACGCCGAAAGCCCCGGUCUUCUCGACAGCCUCGUAGAGAAUCUGGAUAAGCGCGCCGAGGAGAUUAAGACUCAAUCAGCCGCCCCUACCCAAGAACCUGCGCCGGAGACCGCCGCGGACGAGCCAAAGGCCAAUGAACCCCCCGCCGUCGAAGUAAAGCCCGAGGAGCUUAAACCCGAGGAGACCAAAGCGGACGAGCCAAAGACCGAGGUCGCUGCUCCUUCGGAGGAGGCGAAGCCCGAAGAUGCACCCAAGGCCGAGGAGAAGACCGAGGAGACGAAGACCGAAGGUGAUGAGAAAUCAGCAGCUGAGGAGGCCAAGUCCGAGGAGGCCAAGAAGGAGGAGGGAGAUGCGCCUGAGCCUGCCUCUUAG